AUGGAAAUACUUGAUAUUCCACCAGAACGUUACAAUGAUGUAAUAAUACAUUUACGUAAUAAUUUCUUCCCUGACGAACCAUUAAAUGCAUCAAUGCGAUUAUGUAAUUAUGGUGAAGCUCAUGAAUUGCUUGAGAAUCAUAGCAUGAAUACGUUAAAAGAUGGUUUAUCUGUGAUGGCAGUUGAUAAAUCUAAUUUAAAGAUUGGUGGUGUUGCAUUGAAUGGUAUAUUACGUAAAGAUGAUAUAAAAACCGCCCAAGAGAAUUUAGAACAACAGAACGAUGAAAAAUUCAAGACAAUAUUUCGAUUUUUAUAUGAACAAAAUAUGAAAAUUAAUUUAUUCGAACAACAUUCAAUUGAUACCAUAUUCGAAUGUAGAAUAUUAUCGGUUGAUUCUGAUUAUCGUGGUCUGGGUAUUGCAAAAAAAUUAUUAAAACGUAGUCUGGAAGUGGCACAGAAAAAUAAUUUUAAAAUCUUCAAAGCGGAUGCAACUGGAUUAUUCUCGCAACGCGUUAAUGAAAGUCUAGGUUGUAAAACAAUAUUAGAGGUUAAAUAUACAGAUUACAAAGAUAAAUACGAUAAUCAAGUGUUCCAAGUAUCCGAACCACAUGAAUAUCUAAAAAUUAUGGUCAAAGAUUUAUCGAGUUGAAUUGAUUACUUGUAGACAUCUGAAACUAUUAUAUCGAUAAUCAAAUCUCACGGUGUUCAAUAAAUGUUGUAUUUUUGGAAUAAGAGUUGAAUUAUUCAUAGACCGGGUAUUUAAUCUGAAAAAUGCGUCAGGACUCUCUGAUACAAACGAUAUUCAUAUCAAUUGCUGGAAUUUCUUCAAAUAACAAAUCUAGCCUACCCUGAUAAUUUCCAAUCGCCUCAUUACUUCGAGAUAUUAACUUUGAAUUUUUUUUCUGGUCGAAAAUUUAAUCUUGAUGCUAUUUAAAUCAAUUUGAUUACAAACCGGAUUCAUAUUGAAAAAAAUGCUCCUUUAGGGAAAAGUAAUUUAAGCACCGGCAGUUUAGAGCGGUACCGGUGAGAAUAUGAAUGUCACAUCCCUUUGUGUCUCACCCCUGCACCAGCAAAUGUACGGCGUUGCUGGAUACUAAUUCUGUAUUCGAAGCCAAUUACAUAAAUAAAUCGCGUAGGACUUCGGAAAUUGACGGGAGAUUAAAAAUUUUUUAAAACACCCGGUACCGCUGUUUUUUUACCAAAUUAGGUUUUCCGUCAUUUUUUUAUACAGUUAAAACACACGGGAGAAAGCCGUACAAAAAUACUUCACCGUAACUUCCCAUUUGUGUCCUUAUUACUUAAUUCCUCAUUACUAAGGGAUAGCCUUGAUCUAUAUAGAACUUGGUUUAUGGGUAAAGUCAAAUGAUCCUCGCCAUAUUUUUGCGAGCCUAUUACUCAAAAAAUAUUUACUCAAAUCUAAGUUUGGCAGGCACGAUCUUAACAUGAAAUAAACUUUGAACCGAUUUAGUAAAUGAUGACAUGAUCUAAAUGAGAACAACCUGCCACCCGAAGGCGAAAGGUUUCCAUUUAAGAGGUGUUAUAUUAAGCAGAUAGAGCUAUAGGUUUCCGUCGAAGCCAGAUGCCACGCAGAAAGAUCACAGCUUCUCCGCUAGGAUUUCUCCCAGGAUUUAUGGAUCUUAUGUUUCGGACUCCAUACAGGCGCUACAAGUGGAAUCAUCAGAGAUUCCCAUGUUUUGAAGCUGAUAAUUCAAUCAACCGUGUCUUGUUAAGAGCCCUAACACCGUUGCCAACUGUACUAUAGUGAGUUUCAGGCGAGCUGUGGUUAUACACAGUUUGGUCUGUCACAUGCUUUCCAGCGCAAAGUUCCAGUAAUCAAGAUGGACUUUUCGUAGUUAUUCCUUGCUACGAGAAUAACAGGUUCAAGUCAAAAGAGAGCUUUAGACGACGACUCUCGUUCCAACAAGUAUGCUGCUUCAUUCCAUAGGGAAUGAAGCAGAAUACUUGAUGUCACCACAAAGUGGUACUCCGAUCAGUUUGAUUAUAUUUUAAUCAGUUCCAGGCGGUUCAGUUCCUCGAAGCAUUCAAAGAUUAAAAAUCGUUAAUUUCGUAGUAAAUGGGAUUACUAUAAGUGAUAUGAGUAAUGUCAUGAUACGAGUUCAGAUCCAUUAUUCGGAUUAAAUACUGCGGUCUAUCAUUUUGAUGUGACUACAGGACGCAAAUCAAUGGUCAGUGUUUGUUUGUCGUGUUAAAAAUUGAUAAAUAAAAAAAAUCCGUCGUAAUCGUAAAAUAAUGGCAAUCAGAUUUUCAGAUGUCUAUAAUAUAGUACAUAAUUAAUUAGUAAUAAAAAUUAAUGGUCCGGGAGAGAUGUACGGAAAAAAUCCGUGCGAAAUUUCAGCGUUGAGAUUUUAAUACUAAUCAGCCAUUUUGCAUCAAGGCUCGAUCUCGUAAUUCUAUAAUUAGAGGGGAUAUAUAUCACUUAAAUUUACAGGACUCUAUUGAAACACCCACAUUUUCGCCUGUUAUUCACAACAACAUCAAUACACAUCAGUAGUUUUUUAAACUUACGUGGUACAUACUCCAUUAU